CCAGCUGCUCUCCAUACUGUACUGGACUGGUUUGUGUUAAGAAGGGUUGAAGUUUAGAGAGCAGCCGGGACCACGACACCACGACUCACACUCAUCUGGCUCCAAGCUGUUCCAUAGCAUACUGUCAGAUUAAUCAGUAUAGGAGCGGAGGUCAGCAGGGUUAGAGGAGCAGGAGAGAUGAAGACAGCAGGAGAGAGAGAAAGAGCUGGAUGAGUCGGCACAGUAUAGGAGCAAAGGGGAGGGAAAGGAACAGAUGGACUUGUGAGGAUUAGAGAAAUCUGGGUGGGUUUCUGAUGGAAACGCUCCCAAGACGGAGGAGGCAGUGAUGAGGGAGCGCAGAGGAAAGGUGAAGGAAACGGGAUCCCUGCUGGAGGAGAGGCGGAGGAAACCAACACAAACGGUGGUCGUCGAGACAAAGACAGCAUAAGAGUCUUUUAAUCUGAUCCACCUAACCCUGCCAGAUUACCACAGAUUACCAGCCCCCGACGAGGUAGUCCUGAGAAACCGGACUAAUCGCUCCUUGGCGAGCUCAACCCCUCCCGGAGAGGUGGAGGAGCAGGUUGAGGAACAGGAGAGAACGCCACAGGAUCAGCUUUCAUAAAGACGUGAUCAGAAAGGAGCGGACAGGCCGAGGCGUGAUGUCAUCGGCGGGGUAGAGUGGCGGCUCGGCGGGAGGACAUGUGUGGAGUCAGACGUGUCGCCUGGCUCGUGCCGUAAAGAGAAGAAGAAGAAGAAGAAGAAGAAAGGGAAUUUAAAUCUCAUGAGGAGGAGAGUUCCUCCUGCAACCUCUGGCCUCCACAUCUGUCUCUUUCUUACUCAGUGGAAGUGAUUAAAUCCUUCAUCUUUCUCCACGCCGCUGUCCUCUGACCUCCGCUCAUCGACUGUCUCCUCACGCCAUCUCGCCACCUGACCUCUGACCUUUGUUCCACAUCUCAAACAUCCCUAAUCCCCUCUCUCACUCUCUCUCUCUCUCUCCUCCUCUUUUUCUCCUUCCUACCAUCCUCCAUGACUCAAUCUCUUCACUCCGCUCAUCCCGGCUGAAAUCUUUGGCCCGUAAACGUUUAUUUUUUUUGUUCACACUGCCGUCUCCGUGAGAAACAACCAUGUUGGAGAACAUGUCGAGGUGUAACCGCUCCCUGCUCUCCCUCUCCCUCACCUCCCUGGCCCUCACUCUGUCCGUCUCGGCCUUCUGCACCUCCUAUUGGUGCGUCGGGACUCACAAGGUGGUGAAGCCUCUCUGCCUGUCGCCCGUCAAGAUGAAGAACUGCGGGCAGAACAACAGCCAGCCGUACACCACAGAGACGCCCACCCCGGACCCGAGGAACCCGCCCUCCAACGUGACGCUGUCGCCGCUGCAGAAGGAGGAGCAGGCGAGGAUAAAGAGGAAGCAGCUGGCCAACGCCGUCCACUACAUCUGGGAGACGGGAGAGGACAAGUACAUGCUGCGCUACUUCCACACGGGCUUCUGGCUCUCCUGUGAGAAGCACAAUGAAGGUGAGGAUCAGGAAGAAAAGUGUCGCAGCUUCAUUGAGCUGACGCCCGGAGAGACACAAGGUGUCCUCUGGCUUUCAGUCAUCAGUGAGUUCACAUAUAUCGGUCUUCUGGCCAUGGGCUUUCUGCUGAUGUGUGUGGAAGUGCUUUGCCUCUGUGCGAAGAGGGAGAUGAACGCCCUCAAGAUCAACGCCUUCGCCGCCAUGUGCACCGUCCUCUCAGGGAUGAUGGGGAUGGUAGCGCACAUGAUGUACACCACAGUGUUUCAGAUGACCGUGAGCAUCGGGCCCAAAGACUGGAGGCCGCAGACCUGGGACUACGGAUGGUCUUUUGCCAUGGCGUGGCUGUCGUUCAGCUGCUGCAUGGCGGCCGCCGUGGCCACGCUCAACUCCUACACCAAGACCAUCAUCGAGAUGAAGCACCGUGCCCGGGUGAGGCUGGAAGAGGCGCGUGCCGCCGUCUGCGCACCCUCCUACGAGGAGGUAGUUCGAGCUGGAACCAACAGUGGAGUUUACUCCGUCAGUCAGCUGAUUCAGCUUGGCCAGCAGGGGGCGCUCAUGGACCCUCUGUGGCCCCGAGGAGUGGGCCCGGCUGGUGGAAUGGGAGGGGGCCGGCUGGUGGACCCUCACGGUGUGGUGGUGGUGGAGGAAUGUGGCAUUGAAGGAUGUGAAGACUGUGAGCGGGAGAUGGACGAAAUAGAUUACACUCUGCAGGAGGAGCGAGAGGACUCACUCUGCUAAAACUCUUUGGAGUCAAGGACUCUGACAACAUCCUGUCAGGAUUUACACAUUUUAUUUGAAACGACAUUCCAAGACUACAAGACUUGAACUCAUACCUUCGAAAUCUUGAUAUGUUUUGUAUAUAUGUAGUUUCAAGUAGGAUUUCUAGGCUGUUUUUAAGUUACACAAUGAUUGUUUGAAGCUGUGUCGCUCAAUUUCAUGACCACUAGGGGGCAGAACAGCCAAUUCAAGGUUGGUUCACAGCUAACAAAUCAGCAAAGAAUCUCCUACUUAUGCAUCCAGCACACAUGGAGACACAUCACCGUCCCAUUUUCAGGCAACAUGAACUUUUGUUUUUAUGUGAGACUCCACCUUCAAGUAUUCGUGCAGCAGAAGAACCAAAACAAUGGCCUAAAAGAGGCUAAAAACUGCAUAGAGUUUUGUGUUAAUUCCCAUUGGGUUAAGCAGUGAUUCAUUGUGUAGUAGUCUGGAAACUCUCAGUGCAGACGGCAUCAACAAGAGGGGACCAAAGCGACACAUACAAUCAUUCUUCUUUAAUCUUACAGUGUGUUUUUCUGGUUUUGAUUGGAUUUAAAAGUUGUUUCGUACCUGAUCUAGCUUGCCUGGAGUAAGUUUGAAUGUCAGACUCAAAUCUAUCUAUCUCCCCCUUCAGUAGGAGAUUGUGAAACCAUUUCUCUAGUAACAAACUGUGCACAGAUACAAGUAAAUAUAGGCAAGGUCAGACAUUUUCACAUUGGAGAGGGACUUUAAGUUAUUUGUGUGGCAAUGCCAAUAGAAGAUUGAGUCUAGUAUAAUUUUGUUAAUAUUUGUGCAUUUUGUCAAAGACUGGAUCAUCUUUAAGACUCAUAAGAAACUUGCUAAUGUAUGUAGACAGAACGUCGGAGAUUGAAACAGCUGGAAAAUAGUUUUUUUCUGACGCUAUGCAACAAUGUUUAUCUUACAGAAUUGUCUUACAAUAUAACAUUUUGCAACAAUCAGUUUUCUCAUGUAAAUACAGCCUUACAGGGACUUUUCAGGGAUUGUAUAAAGUUUUAUGAUUCAUGAGAUGUGUGAGAGUAUCUGACAUACAUGUCAGAUACAACUGUGACAAUGACUGUUAAAAGAUGUUAUUUUUAUGUUUUUUGUUUAAAUCUGUGUCCACAUGAAUGAAUGAACAUCCCCUCCAGUACAAGGUGAUAAAUAAAGACAAACCAAGUUGUCUUAUUUCUAACCAUUUAAAGACUUUUUACAAUAUUGUCACCUGCAGCCUGAAUAUGUGAUCUGAGUAUGUAUACCAAGUUAGCAUGUUUUUAUUUUCCUUCUUAAUGUUUCCCUGUGUUUAUAUUUACCGAUGAAAAGAAGAAAAGCGAGAA